AUGGCGGCGCUGCGGGCGCUGCGGUGGCGGCGGCUCCCGGGGCUCGUCCCGCGGCGGCUCCUGAGCACGGCCGAAUCCCCCGAGGAGCGGCCGCAGUUCCCGGGAGCCUCGGCCGAGUUCGCCGAGCGCCUCGAGUUCAUCCAGCCGCAGGUGCUGGCCGGGAUCCCGGUGUACCGGGUGAUGGACCGGCAGGGACACGUCCUGAGACCCACCGAGGACCCCCAGCUGCCCAAGGAGCAGGUGCUGAAGCUCUACAAGACGAUGACGCUGCUCAACACCAUGGACAGGAUCCUGUACGAGUCCCAGCGCCAGGGCCGGAUCUCGUUCUACAUGACCAACUGCGGCGAGGAGGGGACGCACGUGGGGGGUGUCCAUUCCUCCAGGGCCGGAUCUCGUUCUACAUGA